AUGAACAAAUCCUGCAUAUCAAGUUGCGUGAGUGACACGCGCAACCCAAUCCGCGUCAAUUACGCCAGCCUCCACAAGUGGCCGGAGUCCGAUGCCGAGUUCGUGCGGUCGGCCGCCGGCCGAGGCGGCGCACGGCCGCGCAGCCGGGUGGUCGACGGCAUUUCGUGCCGGCAGAUGUACCUCCGGAGCUACACAUUUACGAGGGAGGAGGAAGGGACGAUUCCCGAGAAGGCCGUGAAGUGCUUUGCGAGGGUGAGGGAGAGGGCGGCGGCCGCUGCCGCUGCCGCCGGGAGGAGGACGGAGGAGGAGGUGGGGCUGAGGAGACGGCGGAGGAGAAGGAGGAGGAGGAGGAGGAGGAUGGAAGGGCUGCCGGCGGCGGUUAUUGGGAGGGUGAAGAGGCUGUCGUGUGGGGCGGUGUGCUCCGUUUUCCGGCGGCUGCUGUUUUGCGCCGCCAGCGUGGAUGUUGUGGUGUGA